AUGGCCAUAGCAUGUGUGAAUUUGAUCUUUAUCCUUAUCGCGGUCGGAAUCGGCUAUUCCAAACGAACCACUGCGCACAGCUUCUCGCGACUCCGACUGUACCACGGUCACUGUAAUCGAACAAGUCACUGGGCGACCGCCAUCCACAUUGUCAUCAAUCUCUUUUCUACUGCCCUCCUGGCGGCCAGCAGCCAUGCCAUGCAGUGCGUGGGAGCCCCCACCCGCGAGGACGUGGACCGGGAACACAAGCAGCGCCGCUGGCUGGAUAUUGGAGUCGUGAGCUGGCGCAAUUUCCGCAUCAUGAACCCUAAGCGGAAAGUCCUGUGGCUGUUGCUUCUUCUCAGCUCCACCCCUAUCCAUAUGCUUUACAACUCCGUGGUCUACGCCUCGAUCGUAACCUACAACUAUGCCAUGGUUUUGAUCCCGCACGAUCUGUCUCCGACCGAGACGCUGGUCCAGGCCAACAGCUCGGCCAACUUCUACGCGGCGGUGGGGAGCACACCUGAGACACUUCUCACGGAGAUCUUCAACGGAACUUUCACCAAUAUGACCAACGAAGAGUGUCUCGACAACUACGAUGUGCAAUAUAACACGCAACAGUCUACCCUGAUCUUUGUGGCCGACCGACGAUUUUUCCCGAAUGGGAGCAGCCUUAGCGCGAUGAUAGACGGCUAUACCUCUAUUUAUGACUACACGAACGACGAAGGGACUGCGGUCGCUAUGACCGCGAUAGCGAACAAUACGUGGACAGCGCAGGGGCUCAGCUGGAAUCUCUACUCGUCUGCCAUUGGCUACGAGAACCCUGAUGAGUUCCCCCAGAUCCCGAUUUCCCACUGCAUGGCCAAGCGCGCAGCCCAACGGUGUGAGCUGCUUUUUAGCCCGUCGAUCGCUCUGGCAGUGAUUGUCAGCAAUCUCGUCAAGGUUGUAUGUAUGUUCUUGGCCGCUCGAACGGACCGUCCAGGAAUCCUACUGCGAGUGGGCGACGCCGUCGCCUCGUUCCUCAACCGGCCUGAUCUCACUACCCAGGGCCGGUGUUUCACGUCGCGGGAAGAUAUGACCCAUGGUCCUGACCCCUGGGAGCUCGCACCCAGUGGCGGGAGUAUCUUUUGGCGUUGGCGGUGUUCUCUGCGGUUGCAGAAAAGGACAGAGAUCGCUCUGGUAAGUAUCUCCACGUCCUCAAGUGAAGAGCCAUUCGAGGGACACUAUCCCAGGAAGCUGUCCGGUCGGAAGUUCUGGUUCCAGGCUGCGAGUUGGAAGCGAUGGGUACUUGCUUUUGUGUUGUUCUCCGCCUGUAUCGGCGUGCCCAGCUGGCUGUACCACGCCCUCGUCACCCAAGCAGAAUGGUCGCUGGAGGACCAGUGGUCCCUGGGAUUUGGGAGUCCAAACUAUGAAACCGGGCUAUAUUUCGGCACCACCAACAUCCUGGCCCUAGUUCUCCUGACCAACUUCCCUCAACUGGUGUUUUCCAUCUUGUACUUUGUCAGCAAGAACCUGUUAUCGUGCAUGCUGGUCACAGCCGAGUACAACGACUAUGCGACGCAGCGUAAGCCUCUCCGUGUUUCGUGGCCCCGGGGCAACCAGCGAUCCUCCUACUACCUCUCCUUGCCGAUCCGAUACAGCGUCCCGCUAUUUGUCAUGUCUGCGGCCCUGCAUUGGCUCCUCACCGAAAGCUUCUACUCCGUCGAUUGGAACGUGUACAACGUGUUUGGGGAGGUCGACUACGAUGACUCCCCCGAUGGAUGUGGCUUUUCCCCAAUGGCCAUUUUAAUGACUAUCAUUCUCCUCGGGGUGGCGUUUUGUGUACUGCUGGUGCUGGGCGCGCGCCGCUUCAAGUCUCCCAUGCCGUUGGCGGCGCAUUGCAGUGCGGCCAUUAGUGCUGCCUGCCAUCCCUUGCCCGGAGAUGAAGGCGCUGCUUUUCAACCGAUCAUGUGGGGGGAAGUCAGUUAUCCCGAGUCCUCAACCUAUGGCCAUUGUACAUUUACAUCACAAGUGGUGGCUACCCCCUCCAUGUCCCGUCUGUAUACUUAA